UAUCGAUCAGAGUUAUCUCUCGUAUUUUGUAGAUGGCAUUGUAAAAUUGUUUUGACGAUGGCGAAUUCGGAAAGCAGUUCUCCAUCAGAAGAAAAACCCACAACAAGUAAACGUCCAAAAGAUACCAAGUUUAAGCAACAGAAACUUCCAGCUUGGCAGCCAAUUCUUACAGCUAACACAGUUUUGCCAGCUUUUUUUGCCAUCGGUCUAGCAUUUAUUCCUCUUGGUAUAGCCCUGCUGGUUACUUCAAAUAAUAUAAAGGAGUAUGUUAUUGACUACACACAGUGCAAUAACACCAACAGACCUGAUGAGACAUGUGCCGAAUUCUUUGCAAACAGCAGCAAUGUUGGUCAGUCAUGCACAUGUAUUAGAGAUUUCCAACUGCAGGAUUUUGAUGGGACAGUCUACAUGUACUAUGGCCUGACUAAUUUUUACCAGAACCAUCGGCGGUAUGUACGCUCUCGUGAUGACAACCAGCUGAAUGGCGACAACAUCAGUCCCUCUAGUCUGAAUUCUGACUGUGUACCAUACAAGACGUUCACUAAUGAGACCGGAAACAGUUCCAAAACCUUUGGUUAUGCACCUUGUGGUGCCAUUGCAAACAGUUUAUUCAAUGACUCAUUUGUAUUGAUAUAUAAAGGAACGACAUCAGCGCCUGAUAACACCACAGUUAACUUAAUUAGCACUGGAAUUGCCUGGGCCUCGGACAAGAAUGUAAAGUUCAACAAUCCACCGGAUUCUUUGAAGUCCAUGUAUAUUAAACCUCCCAACUGGAAAACAUCUGUGUGGGACCUAGACCCAACAGACCCCAGCAACAACGGCUAUAAGAAUGAGGACCUCAUAGUUUGGAUGAGAACUGCUGCACUGCCGACAUUCCGUAAACUGCAUCGACGCAUUGAUCACAGUGGCAAGUUCAAGGACGGUUUGCCAGCGGGACAGUACUCGGUCUUAAUAACCUACCAAUACCCAGUAACGGACUUUUCCGGCACGAAGAAGAUCAUUCUGUCGACGACGUCGUGGCUGGGUGGAAAGAACCCAUUCCUUGGAAUAGCGUACUUGGUGGUCGGCAGUCUGUGCAUCGUCCUGGGCAUCAUCUUCCUCAUCAUUCAUCUCAAGUGUGGAAGGAAGAUGGAUCUCCUAGAGUAUGGCCUGGUCACAACUGAUAACAUCCAUUACCAGUUUAAAAGCAGAGCGACAUGACUAACAUCACCAAUCGAGAUGUCUUCUAAACGAUUGCUACAAUAUGAUGACUUAUGAUGGCUAAGGAAUCUUUUAAACCAUUGCUAGAGUGUGAUGCAUGUAACAACUGUUUCAGAAAUAUCUUAAACCAUUGCCAGAGUACUGAGACUUGAAACAACUGAUGAAUUUUGAUUCCCAAUGUUUACAUAUAUUAUAUAUAAGAUAAACAAAAUACAAAGAAGACAUUCUUGUUCAUUCCAUGGACUAUCUCGAAAUUGUGCCAUUUUAUUAAUUUAUUAUUGGACAGUAGGAGUAUUUUAUAACGAAACAAACGUCUAUGUCCAUGUUCGCUUCAAAGUUCAAACCCAAUCCAGGCAGUCGGUCCAAUUCAGAAUUUAAAAAUAAAAAAUUGUGUGUAUUUUUUUAACUGCUGGAGUUGGCACAGGCCAUUAUUGUAGAGAUGGAGAUCAAGAGAAUGUUACUGGUGAGGUUGUCCCUCAUAUUUUCAGAUAUGAGGUCUGGUUUUGGUGCAUUUUAAUGGUAUCCAUGGGGGCUCAAAUUUAUUAUAUCCAGACAAGAUAAAAUGUAUUCAGUUUUUCAGGCCUCAGUGAUCAUACUUCAUAGGCAAAGUCUUUUCCAUUUAUUUUGCAUUCAUAUUAAUUCUUUUAAAUAUUUCUCUGAAAACAUUUUUUUUUAAAUAAAAGAUGUUUUAUUACUGCUACUGCUACUGCUACUGCUACUGCCAUCCACCUCUCUACUUCAGAAGACACUACUUAAAAAAAUUUAAGUGUCUAGACUUACAUCGCAAAACUGAAAUCUUCUCUUAAAAAAGUAAAAUAAAAAUAAUAUAUAUUUGGUAUUAAAUAUGUUUUUGUGAUAUGCAGUCUAACCUUUAACAGUUAAUGACUUCAAGAUGCAUUUUUAUUUGCAAAGUAUCUUUGCACUUUCAAUUUUUAAAAUGUUUGUCCUAUAAAUAUCUGGUGCAACAACUCCACAUUUACUGUUGUACAUUUAUUUGCUUCACAGCACAGGGCGCUUUCUUCUCUCUGUGUUGGUGUGUGUGGAUGAUGAUUAGUUAAAAUUUCAAGUGCUGACAACCAAAACAGGUUAUAUCUGCUCGUUACGAUAUUAACAGUAGUCUACUAUUGUGCAUUUUUUUCUUGUUUUAAAUGUAAUUAUUUUUGCGGAAACAUAUAAGUAAUAAGAGGGGAUGGAAAGCUAUAUUAUAAUUUAAAAAGUUAAAGUUUGUUUUGUUUAACAACACCACCAGAGAACAUUGAUCUAUUAAUAAUUGGCUACUGGAUGUCAAACUAUUUUAAUUUAAAUAAGCCAAUAAAAUAGGAAUUAAAAUAAGUGAAGAAUGGUUGUUAGGUCACAAAAGUCGAAAACGGUCCUUAGUUUUCAACAUUUUAUUUUUUUAAACAUUGAAAGUUCCAUGAAAUUGGACAUAACAAGUUAUGACCGUCAGCCACUCAAAAUGAGCUGAUCAUUUGUGCAAUAUCAUUUGUGCCAACAUCAUAUUUCUGUCUGAUUAUAAUCGUUUUAGAUCUUGAAUGUUGCUGGAAACUCACUACUACUAUGUUACUACAUUUGUCAAAGUUAAAGGGACUAUCCUGCAUUUGCAGUUAAGAUGUUGCCAACUAAUGGAUGCUGUUUAAUCACUUCAAUUACAUAUUAAAUAUAUUUUUUCUACACAACAUAUUAAUGGCUGUAUAUUAAAUGUGUUUUGUACUAGGUCAAACUUCAUUUUGUUUCCUAGUUCAUAUUUUUCCUUACAUAUGAAAUUAUUGGGAUACCAACUCCAGUUUGGUCUACUUAUAAAUAUGAAUACAGUCAGAAAUAUAUAUUUAAUAAUUAUGUAAUUUUAGUCGUUAAAAGCUUUUAUUACAUACCUAUUCAAUCUUACUAUAGCGAUAAAGACAUUUUCAAACUGUGUGAU